UUCUUGAUGACGUUACUGGCCUUAACCACCUAGUACCUGUUUGAUCUUGUCUGGUCUGGUCUACACGUGUUUGCUGUCAUCCAUUUUGUUUUUCUUUCAUUUUGUUGUUCUUUGGGUGGAGUCAGUUGUUUGUUACAGCUUAUUCUUUACAUUUCAUUUUCGUGAUUUUAAAGAUCCACAAACAGAUAAAUUUCAAGCACGGCAGUAGUGCUGAAGUUGCAGGAGUUUGAUAAAUCAUAAUAAAGCUGCCCGUUUUCAUUGCGGAUCACAAGUUGUGCGUCAUCAUCCAUAAAACUUUGAAAACUCCUUGAUCUUGGUGGUGUUAUUGUCAAGCCGGAAGUUCUAGUUCUCUACACUAUUUAUUGUGGUAGUGAGAAAACAAUUAAGUGGCAAAAGUAAGUGAGCAGUGCUACUAAGAAAAUGGAGAGAAAACUUUUACCUAAUGGAACAUACUGGGCUGUCAAUUGUCCCCCAAAAAAUAGUCUGUUUUGGUCUAUAUUGAUUCCUUUCUUGUUGAUCUCAGCUGAGAAAGGAGAAUUAGAAAACAGCCUGAAAUUGCUUGGCGAAGAUGAUGAUCCUGAAUUUAAACGCUUGCUCAUAAAGAAGGAACGACGUGAAAUGGCGUCUUGUGAGGUGAUCAAGAGAUGUAUCAAGAACAUCAAUCCAUUUAAAAACAUGAACGUAUCAUAUAACGAUAAGACAUUGGUAAAUUUAAUGCAAAGACUGAAAGCAAAAUUGAAUCAAGCUGCUUAUAAUUUGAAAAAACUAAAUGGUGGGCAAUAUGAUGACUAUUUGAAACUACAAACAGCAGCAAAUAUUGUUGAGUUAAAAAUCAAUCUUUAUGGAGAAAACGAUGUGUUAAUCAAUUCGUAUUGUCCCGCUGGUGGUUUGGUAGAAAGGUUUGAGGAAGAGAAAGAAAUAAUUAUUUUUCAUCAAGUAAAACCGAAAAUCAAGAAUCCAAGUGAAAACGUGAAUGAAUAUCGAUUUGGAAUGGAAGAGGUCGAUUCUCAAAGCCAACGAAAUAAAGCUCUGAGACAUAUUUUAAAGUUCGGCAAAAUUGAACAAAAUAAAAUUGAUAAGUUAAUUAAUUCAAAUCCUUCGAAUGAAUUGCUUCUCCACAUACUUAAAAAAAAUUCAGAUCGAGAUGUCGUUCAUAAGAUUUAUGAGUCGUGCUUUAUUUUGAAAAAGUUAACAUCCGCAGGUUAUGAUAUGAAUCCAGGAACAAUUAGCGGUGGAGAUCUUUCAGCGUUUUAUUAUUGCUUCCAAUACGAGGACUGGGAUCUUUUUCUUCGUCUAUCUAACUAUCCUACGAAAAAUCUUGACAACGUUCAAGAUAAUUUGCAUUUUUCCGAUGAAAAACAUCUAAGAGCACUAAUAUCAUUUGAUAAAGCGUUGAGAAAUGAUGGUAUUAUCUUGAGGAGAUCUUCUAUUGAUGUUAAUCAUAUAAUUUGGACUUCGUAUGACCAGGCAUCCUAUUUCCUUAGAUUUCACAUCCAAGUUUUGGCCGAAAAAAUAGAAAUCAGGAAGUCUCCUAACAAGUCAAAUAAAAAACUAAUGAAAUUUUUAAUAAAAAAGUACGGUGAAUUUUUCCAUUUCAAUAACGAAAACUCUUUUAAAAGUUAUUUCAAACACUACAAAUAUCACAAGACUUUAGACGAGGCUUUUAUGGUUUUUUUCGUUGAUUGCUUUUUGCAAUUAAGAGACGUUGCUGAUGAUAACAACCAGCAAAUAUAUGUCGACGCUUUAAUAAGCCUAGUGAAAUGUUUUUGCAGUAAAUCUUGUUUCGAUGAACUCUCAUCUAACAAUGGCCACAUUGACGAAGAAGCAAAAUUUUACAUAUUUUUCUAUUAUAGAAGAGAGUGGAAAAAAUCCCUAGACGAAUUACUCAAACUGUUAGAAAGCAACGUUGUUUUGGGAAAUAAAAAAACGACGAAAUAUAUUUUAGAAAAAUGCACGGAAACGUGUCCACUUAUCAAGGAAGAGUUUGCACUUACCAAACUAAAAAAAGGUUUUAAAAUUGCGGAUGAAACUUUUUUCGACAGUGAACCAUUAAAAUCUACUUUCAUUGUUCAAAGAGCUUUAGAAAUGUUUGGCGAAGUAAUCUGUACAAUAGGUGAUGGGUGCAUGACUACCCCAUUGAUCCGCUAUUUUCUACCUCCUGAUUUAGAGCGUGUGUUUUGCGACUUGCGAAAUAAUUGCCUUGCUCACUAUAAAACAGCAUACAUUGAAGGAAAAGAAGCUAUUGAAAAAGAUUUUGCUUUGAAGGAUAUUCAACCAGAGUUAAAACAACUUAUUGAAAACUUAGAUCCGAUUUUUGCAAUGCAAAUGUUUCGUUUAAAACUAGAUCUUAUUGAAAACUGUUUGAAAGGAAGUGGAAAUAACACGGAUGGAUUCAGCAACGAAAUUCGUAACUUCUUGUUAAAUAUGAAGACUAACAUUUUAAAGUCGAGAGAAGACGCAUACCUACAGCAUAAAGAUAUCUACGUUUCCUUGCUCCGUAAGAUACUUGACUCUAUAUACCAAGGAUUAACGAAUAAAAUUAUCAAAACAGUAAAGGAAUUGCGAAGGCGUUGCGACUACUUAAAAUUUUUACUUACAUUCGUCACAGAGAAUUCAAGUAUUUUGAAACAUUUAUCGAAUGUUGUUGAGGAAAUAGAUACCAUUUUUACAGCGAAUAGUUCCGAUGAUGUUUCAGAUGAGUUAGCGAAAGAUUUACUGAAAGUUCUUACUAUCACUAAGACAGGACUUGAUGUUGAAACUAACAAUGAACUAGAUAGUUUAAUUCAUAAUGAUUUUCCCAACUUGAAAGACUUAUUUAAAAAAAUGAAAGAAAAUAAAUUAUUUAAACCUUAUGAAGCAGAUAGAGUCAAGUUAAGGUUAACCGAAAGUUUGAAAGGUUGUAGUGAAGCAAGAGAAAGUUUGAUCUCACAUUUCCACAACAUAAAAACAUUGCCACAAGCUGAAAUCUAUUCUUGCAUAAAAAAACUUUUCGUGCCAGAAAGUAAAAAGAAGAAACUUAGAAACAGCAUAAAAGAUCCAUCAAAAGCUUUAUCAAUAUUGCAUGAAAUAAAGGACACCGGUGAAACUAUAUUGGGGAAAACAGAAGAGGUUAGUCAUAAUUUCAUGAAAAUUAGCAGUCAGGAUAUGUUCAAGCCUUUAAUUAAAAAUUUAGAACUGCGUUCUGAUCUCCACCAGAAAAUACAUGAUGCUCACAUUAAAAAACUUGAUUUUGUGAUUGAAAGAAUUGAGUACAUGAAAGUUAUUCUUAGUAGUGGAAGCAAAGAAAUACCGAAAUGGUUGAAUCAUGUUAAGAGUGAAGCAGGUAAAUCUCACACGAAAUGGUUAAUGGCUCAGCGAUACACUGAGGAACCUGAUACGAGAGCAGCGUUCGAAACACUCCUACUGGAUUGCCUUGAUGUAUUUAAAAGCAACGAGAAUUGUAAAAAAUUAUGGCUAAAAUCUUCAAGCCUUUUCCAUGGGUUAAACUUGAGAAAUAUACUGUCUCAUUUUAACCCAAUAGUAGAAAUUUCAUCUGACCUCCUAGAUCCAGACAAUUUACCAUGGGAAUUUAUGGACGUUGCUCACGAUUUAUUGGAAAUCCUGGACGUCUUAGUGGCAUUGAGAAAUCUCUACAGGGAAAUGAAAAAACCACAAAAGAAGAAUCUCCUGGCACAGAUAGGCAAUAACGAGGACCGCAAAUUCGCUGACUUAGUAAAAACCAUUAGGUCAUGUGAAAAAUGGGAAGAUUACUUGUUUUUGCUACCGGAUGACGGAUAAAAAGUAAUUUAAUUUUAUGGAUGGUUAUUAAUGUAAAGGACAUGGAGUAAUAUAAUGAUAAGCCACAUUUUCAUACUGUUGAAUGCUUUUGGUGAUAAAUGCUGCCAUGUGGACAAUUAUUUAGCCUAAUAUUUGUCCAGAAACAAUACAGUUUGAUUCAAAAAAUUUCCCCAAUUGAUAAAAUGCAGCUUAUUACUAUAUUACCGCAAGCCUAUCAUAUCACUAUGAUAAUAUACUGUUUGUAUGUAAAUUUUAUAGCUCAACGCAAACGUAACCAAUGCCAGAAUUUCGAAAUGUUGAAAAUUGAUGUUAAGUUUCUUCAAAAAAAUCUCAUUACAGACAUUGUUGUUCUCAUGACUUAACAUAGCUUCGGUAAAUCGAUUUCUAUACUUUCCUUUUAAUGUUUUCUCCUGAAGUCCGUCCAUAUCGCUAACAUUAUUAGCCAUUUUUUAACCUAUUAAAUAUAUUUUUUAUUAUCGAUACAUUGACAUUGCAUUUUAACAUGCCAAAGGUAUUUUUCUACUUAGAAAUACGUAGCUUAAACGAAGGUGAAUUAACAAACGUGGAAAUUUUAAAAAAAAUUAUGUUACAAUUAAUCAUAAUUAUUGCAUAAAAAACUAUAAAUUUUAAUUAUAACUCUUUUUUCAGAGUGUAGAAUAUUUUUUAGAGUUUUUAUGAUAUUUAUAUGGCAUAAAACUAACAAAAAACUGUAAUAUACUGUCAUCAGAUUAACUUUUAUAACUAAUUUAUGUGGCCACUAACGAUGGCGAACAUAAAAUCAUUUCUAAGCAUCUUUUGAAACUGUCCCAACGUCUAUUACUUAAGAGAAAUUUCUUACUUUUUUACAGUUUUUUAUUACAGUGAAAUAUUCCGAUCAACAACGCUAAAAACAAUCACUUUGUGAAAUCAGAUAAAGGAAAAAACAAAUCAUAAAACUGUAUUUUUAAAAUUAGCGUGGUCCAACCUGCUGACUUUAUGUAGCCUCCGUAUUCAUUUUUAUUGGUCCUUGCCCUAUUUUUACUGGAGAAAAAGAAAAAAAAAUCCGAAACACGAAUUCGAUUUGGAAGUGCUUCACUAAAAUCAGGACAGCUACUUUGCUUUACUUAACCUACACCAGAUAUUGAUAAACUUUUCUCAAUAUAGCAGUAUUAAUACUCACAUUGUAUAUUAAAGCAGUAUUAAUACACACAUAAUAAACUAGUAUAUUAAAAUUUUUUAAAUAUAAAUUUUAAUAAAAAGUUUUUUGGCAAAUUAUGUCAUUCGUUGUCUUUUUAAAAUCUCCCUGGCCCUCGCAUUCAUAUGUGACUGUAUAAGUAUAUUGAAUCCUAAGUUUUACCUCAAAGACUUGAUAAAAGGCAGAAAUAGAAUAAUAUUAAAGCAUACUUCCAACUUUUUUCAAGCCACUUUGGUAAAAGCAAGUUUUACCGGUAACGCUUAAGAUUUAGAAGACUUCGUGUUUUAACCGUAACAACUGUAAAGUCCCGUUGUCUGGUAAAUCCUAAGUUUUGUCGGUAAAACAUAGAAUUUAGCAAAAUUCUGGCAACUCCUAAGUUUUACCACAAAAAUCUUAUUAAAAGACCGAAAUGGAAUCAUAUUGAAGUAUACUUUGGAUUUUUGCCAAGCCACAUUAGUAAAAGCUAGGUUUUACUGGUAAAACUAAGAUUUGCCAGACUUCCAGUUCUUGCUUUAACCACUAUACUAAAGUUUGAUUGGCAGUUGUAAUAACCUUAAGGUUGGGCCACACUAUUUUAAGCUAUAAAAUAAUACCGAAUAACUUGUUCAUGUCUUUAAAUAGCACAAUUAUUUCCAGGUAAUAUACUUAUAUUUUAAAUAUAAAAAACAUUUGUUCUCUUAAAUAUUUAUUUAUUUAUUAUGUAUUUAUUUAAUUUAUUACAUAUUUAUUUAUUUUACUUUUUGUAGUCUUUAAUUUAAAUUGUUUUGUAGAUUAAAAGUUCGGAUAGUUCUUUGACUAACAAAACUAUUCUAUUCUAUUCUAUUGCUACUUAAAACAAUUUUUUUUCUUCCAUUAUCAUACAAAUCAUAUUAUAUUCAAAUUAAUGAAGCACAACUUAUACGCACAUAUCAAUUUGUGUUUUCCGCUUUUAUAUUUUUUAAUUUUAGAUAUUUCUUUCUUAACUCAUACAUGACAAUCACCAUUUGCUUUUUAAAAAUAUUACUUUUUUUGAGUAAUUGAGUUUAUAAAUGUAAUUGUAUACAGUAUAAUCUGAACAUUUAUUUUUCUAUUCAACAUAUGUAAGAUAUAAAUCAUGUUCGUUUUAAUGAUGUUCAAUUUUUUUAAUGUGAUUAACGCAUG